AUGAAGGAGAAAAGAGAAGAUUUGACACCAAUUGAGGAAGAAACGAUGAUACCUAUUUUAAGAUCAGAAUUUGAGCAAGCGCUUUACGACUUAAAACAAAAUAAAUUGCCAGACACUGAUUAUAUAACAACAGAAUUAUUACAGAGUGCUAGUACGAAGAUGAAGGACGGUUUAUAUAAACUAAUUCGGGAUAUGUAUGAAAAAGGAGAUGUGCCAGAUGAUUACUGUAAAAGCAUAAUUGUAACUAUACCAAAGAAAAGAGGAGCAAAUUCCUGUGUACAGUUUAGAACAUUGAGCCUACUGAUAUACAUCUCAAAAAUCUUAACAAAAAUAAUAAAUCGAAGAAUAGAAAGAAAAGUGGAGCAGUAUUUACAAAAUGACCAAUAUGGAUUUAGAAGACAAAAAGGUACACGAGAAGCAAUUUUAUGA